GCAGCACCGUCACACAGCACCCUGAGCACCGCCACACAGCAGCACGCUGCACCGCCCACAGCACCGCCACUCACCCCGGAGGGAAGACGUUUCAGCGGAGGAACAUGCCGGCGCUGCCCGGGUCUCAGUGAUUCUCCGCCCGAUACACAGGCUGCUCCGCGGGCUGCUCACCCUGACCCUCCGGCAGGACCAAGGACAAUUUAACAUUUAAACACAUCUUUUAUUGAAGGCCCUGUUGGAUUCUGGGUAGCAGCCAUGGGCAGCAAGACCCUGCCAGCCCCGGUCCCCCUGCACCCGUCGCUCCAGCUGGCCAACUACGCCCUCCUGCAGAGCUCCACGGGCCUCCAGCUGCCGGCCGAACACUUCCAGAGCCUCUACAGCUUCAGCGCCCUCCACGCCAUCCAGCUGCACCAGUGGACCCUGGGCUACCCCCACCUCGCCCUGCCCCGCUGCACCGUCUCCAAGCUUCCCGCCCACUUCUCCUCCAUGGCCUCCUUCCCCCUGUUCCCCCACCUGCUGGAGCCCAAGCACGACUCAGCGGGUCUGUUUCAGAGCUCCAAGAACAAACCCCGCUUUGACUUUGCCAACCUGGCGGCCGCAGCCACCCAGGAGGACCCCCUGAAGGCGGAGGACCUGAGCAUGGGGGGGGGCGCCGCUCAGGCUUCAUCUCUCCACCAGACCUCCGCCGGCCUCCACCUGGACCUGACCAAGCUCUCCUCCCCCGAGCGCAAGUCCAGCCGAGGCCGUCUGCCGUCCAAGACCAAGAAAGAGUUUGUGUGCAAGUUCUGUGGUCGCCACUUUACCAAAUCCUACAACCUCCUGAUCCACGAGAGGACGCACACGGACGAGAGGCCGUACACCUGUGACAUCUGCCACAAGGCCUUCAGAAGACAGGACCACCUCCGGGACCACAGGUACAUUCAUUCCAAAGAAAAGCCCUUCAAGUGUCAGGAGUGCGGGAAGGGCUUCUGCCAGUCCAGGACGCUGGCGGUCCACAAAACACUACACAUGCAGGUCAAGGAACUGAAGCCAGCCAAGAUCAAAUGAGUCACUCUGCCAGCAGGGGAGGACGGGGACACUGGAAAAACACGACCAAAGACAACAACAGUCAAAGAGGCAGAGCGCUCUGCUUCCGUGGGAAUACUCCUCAAGGAUGAAAUAUUUCACCAGCCAAUUCUGAAAGGAAUAAAACAGAAAUAAGCCUUAGCGGAGAAGUGUAUACUUAGUUAUCAAAGCCUGACUUGGCAACGGAUGUGUGGAAUGUUAAGCGAAACACGACCUUGCGGUUGCUCAGUGCAAAUACUAAGCUUGUAAUCCAAAGACUUUAAAGGUACACAACUCUUGUAAUUUUUUGUACAAACUGAGAAUGAUCAAAGCCAUGUUAACAUAUUUUCUCCUUUUCAAUAUCACAUCCCAAUGUUAUUUUUGUAUAGAUGCAUUAUAUCAAAACUGUAUUUUUGCACUUUAACCUGAUUAUUGAUUAUUUUCAUAUAUCA